AUGGAUUCCAUGACAGAUGAUCUAUGGGCGAUGGUACUUGCGAGAUUACCGAUUAAGAUCUUCACAGGUUUCAAACUUGUUUGCAAGCAGUGGAAAUCAAUCGUAGAGUCUCCCUUUUUCCGGGAUCUUUUUAUAUUCGUCCACCAAAUCUCGCCCUCUUCUUCAUGGUCGCUCAUGUGCAGCUAUUGUAUUACCUCAGAGAUGGUGGGUCACUACCAAUGUGAUACAUGGGGACUUAAGCGAUCUUUGGGCUCUUUCAUCGACUCUUUCUUGUCCGACAAGUACCAGAAGUCCAUACACGGACGAGUCAGAGUCAGGGCUUACUCCGAUGUUGGGCUGAUUUUGAUCCAUAUAAAGUCAACCGUCAUGGAGAAGGGAUCCCUCUACGUGGCUAACCCGGUUUCACGGGAAUGCGUAGAAAUCAUUCUUGAUACCCUUCCUAUAGGGUUUGAAAUGAAAGAAUAUAGCUGGGAAUGGGGACUUGUCACGCGAACUGAGAACGGCUACCUUUUGGGUUACAAGAUUGUCCUCUUUGAUAACAAGUGGGGAGAUUCGAAGUUAAGUUGUCUUAUAUAUUCAUCUGAGACAGGCUUGUGGAGUCUCGAAACUUUACAUCUUCCUUACUCUUUAUACUAUCGUUGUUUAGGGUAUCCGAUUAGCUUGAACGGUAAUCUUCACUGGCUUAGCCAGAACAAGGACCAUCAAGAAGUUGUAUUAUCCAUGGAUACCUAUGCUACUAGCACAGGUUCUGUUCGAUGCCGUGUUACACCUUUCCCUGACUUGGAGAAAACUACCAAAUUCACAAGAGCUUGUACAACUUGUCAAGGGUUUCUCGUGUAUAUGAACAUAGUGGAUGGACGCAAGUUAUGUUUGUGGAGGCUACAGAGCGAGGGAUGGCAACUAAUAUCUGAAAUCUCCCCAGAUUUUACCUUGACCGGUCUCGACUAUUUACCGCUGAUGAUAAACCCUUUGGAUGUGAAAACAGCCUACUUUUGGAGCCCGGAAAAAGAAAAAUUGCUAUAUAUUAACUUACACAACGGUAAGUUUGUGAUCCACAAUCGUUUGGAAGGUAGAAGCAACGGUCCCAUUAUGAUUCCCGUUAACGACCCGAAAGCUAUGAUAUCCCUCAGUAGCGAGAUAGAAAGGACAUACAUCAUCGAACGAAAACAGUUUGUCCCGUUCGUUCUCCCACAAUGGCUGUAUCGGAUCCCAAACAACUGCAACACUACAUCGAUGAGUAGUGACUGCAAUCCGAACUGA